ACUCCCUUUUUUUCCCGCCAUCUUUCAUUUCAGCUCCAUCUCUCUUCGCUGCAUUCAACCCCAUACAGAAGAGAAAGAAAAACCCUAAAAUCCAACCUCUGCAAGAUCAUGCCCUAGCCCUAAUUUCAAUUCCCCUCGUUUUCCUACCAUGCCAGAUCUCAGCAAUCUUCUCAAUCCCUCUCAGUUCGUUGUCUUGCCCUGUGAUUCCAACGCAUCUUUGAACGCCGGAAAAUCCGAAACCGUAGAAGAAAACAACGGCCCCUGCCGCACAUGGGAUCGGCGCCUGCGAUGUCCGGCCUUGGAUAAAUCCGGGGCGUCUGUGGAGAAGAGCUGGCUGGGGGCUGCGGAUACGAGGCGGAAUCAGAAGAGGUCGGGUCGAGGAGAGGUAGCUGCAGCGGUGGAGAGGAGAAGUAAGAGGUUGAUGAGCAGCAAGUCGCUGGAUGAUCAUGUCAGGGACUGGGCAGAGAAGAAGGUGGCCUCAGGAGUUCCUGAGGUGGAAUGCCGAUUUCCAUUCGUUAUCAAUGCUCCGAAAAUGGUUGAAUGUCGUAUAUGCAGUAAAUCUAUCUACUCCAGCGAAGAGUUGUUAUGCACUGUCCAUGGCUGUAAGGAAGCCUAUCACUUGAAAUGCGCUCAGCAGAGUCUUGGGUUUUUGGGUUCUAGAAAUUUCAAAUGCCCCCAACAUGCUUGCUUCAUUUGCAAACAGAAGGGAUAUUGGCGUUGCACACGAUGUACAAUGGCAGCACACUCUAAAUGUGCACCUUGGCCUGAUAAUGUGGUCUAUCCAUUGAGUCAACCUGGCCGGGCAGUUUGUUGGAGGCAUGCUACUGACUGGCGAUUUGAAAAGAAGCAUGCAGUUCCAACGAGUGAUAUAGAGGAAGCAUUCCACCGCUUGCCUCUCCCUUACGUUGAUGAGGAAUUUAAGAUGGGCUUAAUGUGGAAGGACAAUACGGAGAAUGAAAUGAAGCCAAAUCCAUAUGUGCAUAUCAGACGCAAUCUGUAUCUUGUUAAGAAGAAACGCGGCGACAUAGAUGCUGAUGUCGGAUGCACAAAUUGCAAAGCUGAUAGUACAUGCUCUGAGGAUUGUGUGUGCAGGGUUCAAUCUAUCAGCUGCUCAAAGGCUUGUUAUUGCUCCGAGUUGUGCACAAAUAGACCAUUCCGCAAGGAAAAAAAGGUUAAAGUUGUCAAGACUCAAUUUUGUGGAUGGGGAGUGGAGGCAGCUGAAUCUAUCAAGAAAGGGGAUUUUGUAAUAGAAUAUAUUGGCGAAGUCAUUGAUGACACCUUAUGUGAACAAAGACUUUGGGACAUGAAAUAUAGAGGCGAUCAAAAUUUUUACAUGUGUGAGAUUCGAAAGGACUUCACUAUUGAUGCUACGUUCAAGGGAAAUGUUUCACGGUUUCUGAACCAUAGUUGUGAUCCUAACUGUAAACUAGAAAAAUGGCAAGUUGAUGGGGAGACACGUGUGGGUGUGUUUGCGGCUCGAUCUAUAGAAGCUGGGGAGCCAUUGACAUAUGAUUACAGAUUUGUGCAUUUUGGACCGAAGGUCAGGUGUUUCUGUGGCACUUCAAAAUGUCAAGGCUACCUAGGGAGCAAGAAGAAAAUUGAUAAGGUGAACUUGUGCUGGGGAAGCAAGCGCAAGAGAUCGCUAGCAAUCACAGCACCGCCAAACAACUGAUUCAUCUUCUGUAAUUUUUCAUCAGAGCAGGUGCAUCUUUGUUCAUCGAUUCUUUUACUGAGAUGCAGACAACCAAAUCAAAAUUGAUCUGCUCUCUUUGUUGUUUGUGUAUCGCAUUGCAGCGGAUGUCAUUAACGGUGAGGGUUUUUUUUUUUUUUUUUAAAUUUUUAAUUUCCCCUUCAUUGCCUCCAUUAAUAUUUCUUUAAGGCAGCUUGUGUACCGUGUAAAAUGUAUUAGAAUGCUUUGAACAUCUGAAAAUUUACUGAAAUUCCCUUGA